AUUCUCCACCACAUAACUUGUUCCUCAUUCACUCCCUUCAUUCCUCCGUUUCCCUGUAGUACUUAAUGCACGAAGCAGCUUAACUCAAAAGCAGACGGAGCAACAACAUGUCCUUACUCCUUACGAUCCGUUCUGCAGUCACUCACUGUAGUUAAUGCCUCAUUGUGUUUCUCAUUAUUAUUUCCUAACUAACACUCUUGACCCUGACUUCUUCACUUGUGCUUUUUAGAUCAACAAAUUAAAGUAUUAAACUUUGAGCUUCAGUUUUUUGUUCUUGACUUCUUGUAAUUUAUUAUGGAGUUGAUGGGGGGUGGAAAAUUUAGUAGGUGUUUUGUUGUUGUUGUUGUUGGUGUGUUGUUCUUAGUGGGGUCAGUGAGUGGGAUUGGUGUUAAUUGGGGGACACAGUCAACACACCCUUUGUCACCGUCGAAGGUGGUGAAGAUGCUGAAGGACAAUGGCAUUCAGAAGGUGAAGCUUUUUGAUGCUGAUGCUGGUAUCUUGGAUGCUCUCAAGAAGUCUGGGAUACAGGUCAUGGUGGGGAUUCCGAAUGACAUGCUUUAUACUCUGGCUAACAGUGUGGAAGCGGCUGAAAAAUGGGUUUCCAAGAAUAUCUCCAAACAUGUCUCUUCUGGAGGAGUGGACAUCAGGUACGUUGCAGUGGGGAAUGAACCAUUCUUGUCAACAUACAACGGUUCCUUCGAAGCCACAACUCUUCCAGCUCUCCAAAACAUCCAGGCAGCUCUCACAAGAUCUGGUUUGAGCAACCGUGUCAAAGUCACCGUCCCCUUAAAUGCCGACGUAUACCAAAGCUCAUCCGAAAAGCCAUCCGACGGCGGUUUCAGACCCGACAUCAACAAUGUCAUGCUGCAGAUUGUCAAGUUCUUGAAUGACAACGGCGCUCCGUUCACAGUGAACAUCUAUCCUUUCAUCAGCCUCUACGCAGACCCCAAUUUCCCCGUUGACUAUGCCUUCUUUAACGGCUACCAGCCCACCAUAAACGACAACGGAAGAGCCUACGACAAUGUGUUUGAUGCCAACCAUGACACUCUAGUAUGGGCACUGCAGAAGAAUGGCUUUGGAAACUUACCUAUAAUUGUGGGGGAAAUUGGGUGGCCAACAGAUGGGGACAGAAAUGCAAACCUUCAAUAUGCACAACGUUUUAACCAAGGUUUCAUGUCACGUUACAUGUCUGGAAAAGGUACCCCAAUGAGGCCUGGUCCUAUAGAUGCUUAUUUGUUUAGUCUCAUAGAUGAAGAUGCCAAAAGCAUUCAGCCAGGUAACUUUGAGCGUCAUUGGGGCAUGUUUUACUUUGAUGGCCAACCCAAAUACCAACUUAACCUUGGGUCAGCACGAGGUAAUGGGUUAGUAGGUGCUAGUGGCGUUGAUCAUUUGGCUAAAAAGUGGUGCGUUUUGAAACCCUCAGCAAACCUUAAUGAUGACCAACUUGCACCUAGUGUGGCCUAUGCUUGUCAAAAUGCUGAUUGCACUAGUCUUGGGUAUGGAACUUCGUGUGGCAAUUUAGAUGUUCAUGGUAACAUUUCUUAUGCGUUUAAUAGCUACUAUCAGAUAAAUGACCAGAUGGAUAGUGCAUGCAAAUUCCCCGGCCUUUCCAUGAUCACUGACAAGGAUCCUUCUGUUGGAGAUUGCAAGUUCAGAAUCAUGAUCCAGACAGAUUCUGCGGAGCCACAUGGAAAAGUUGGAUAUCUAACAACAGUGCUAUGUUUUUUUGUUCUUUUGCUAUUCUGUAAUCUUUGGUUUUGAUUUGCUUGCUUUUUGACUUUUCUCGGAUCAGGUAAACUUUGUAGCAACUAGCAAGUGUAAGAAAGAAAACGCGUUAGAUUGUUUAUCACUGCACUAAAGUUGUCUGUCAUACUUGUCCCUGUCUUAUAAUAUUUUAUUUUGACUUGUCUGA